ACAAAGCUUGUCGAUGUUGUCAAAUAGAAAGACACCUACUUUCCGUUUUGUCUUUUAUGUCAAUACCUACAAAACUCUAUAGAUAAAUUCUAGCCUGUGUUCUCUCUUUUGACCCCACGUCUCUCCCCCUCUCCCUCUGAGCGCUUUCUUAGCCAAAAUGAGAAACUCCCAUCAUUCUCUCCUCUCUUACUUUGCCUUCUUUUUGGUUCUUGGCCUGUCACAAGCUGAUCAAUCAAUAAUCAGCCACCUCCAGCCUCAACCGCUUGAGUCUUUCAAUCUCAGUUUAGUCCAGAAUGCAGGGAGCUGUUACUACACGGUGCUUAUCACAACAAGCUGUUCCUCUCCAAGAUAUACUCGUGAUCAGAUCGGUAUUUCUUUUGGUGAUGCUUAUGGCAAUCAGAUUUAUACACCAAGGUUGGAUGAUCCAUCAACAGGAACAUUUGAACGGUGUUCCUCCGAUACAUUUCAGAUAUCUGGACCAUGUGCAUAUCAGAUAUGUUAUGUCUAUCUCUACAGAAGUGGACGAGAUGGUUGGAAGCCUGACACUGUGCAGAUUUCUGGUUAUUAUUCGAGGACUGUUACCUUUACUUACAAUACCUUCAUCCCCAGAGAUGUUUGGUAUGGCUUUAAUUUGUGCCAGAAUGCCUCUUCUGCGCUUCAGCAACAAAUUCCAAAAUGGUUUAUGUUCGUGAUUCUUGCAGUUCUUGCUAGUUUCAUAUUCUAAUACAAGACGAGUUACAAGCAGCACAUUGGUAGUUGCUGGGACUUUUGCUAGCAACCUAUUCUCACCAGCAUGCUGCAGAAGACUGGCAAAAUAUUAGCACUUUGAAAUGUUGUAAACCAUUUCAAUAGUUCUAAUAUGGUGUGAAGUUGUAAUUAACUGGUUACUAUCAUUAUAAGUGGAUUCCCAUUGGUUUGAGAACAAUAGCCAGUGUAGAUUGGACCAUAAGCAAAACUCUUUGAAAACCAUCUUGUGACUGUGUAGCUGUUAGAUUGUGUUUUUAACCCAUUGUUGUCUGUAUGGGUGCUUAUGAAUCACAUAAUAAUAAUAAUACAGUUGAGCCA